AUCACACUAUAACAAAAAUGUAAAACCAAAAUUCCAUUGUCCUUUGACUUUUCCCCCAAAAUUCUAACAAGAUUCAAUGAAAGAUACGACCUAUUUUUCCUCGCUUCUUACCAUCAAAAUCCUUCGGCCCAUACAUAAACAAAAACACACCCAUAAAUUUUUUUUUUUAAAAAAAACUAUUUCCAAUACUCUUCUCCCUCUAAUUCUCCCUCUCGAUAAAUACUCAUCACCCAUAAGUAGAGAAAAGAACACAAUCCAAAACACCCGAAUAUAGUAGAAACAAAAAAGUUGCAAAAAUCAUGGGAGGUAUAGACUCACCAUACAAUCCCACCUCAAAACCUUCUUCUUCUUCCUCAUAUUGGAAUUGGACAAUAAUAAAAAACACUAACAAACCCACCAUAUCAACUCUAAUUUUCGUUACUUUCGUAUGCUCCUUUUUCUACCUCCUUGCAAUAUGGCAGAGUCGCAAUAGCGGCCCUGCCAUCACUAGUACGAGCAUCACAUGCACUACCACUCUAAACAGCACUCACUCGAGUCCACUGGACUUCAUGGCUCACCACACGGCGAACCAUGAACCAUCCGCGUCGGACUCGAGUUCAAACCGGGUGUACCCGCCGUGCGACAUUACGUACAGCGAGUACACCCCGUGUGAGGACAGAAGAAGGUCAGUGAAAUUUACAAGAGAUAGGCUCAUAUAUAGAGAAAGACAUUGUCCUAAGAAAUGGGAACUUCUGAAGUGCCGGGUACCCGCCCCAUUCGGGUAUAAAAGCCCGUUUAAGUGGCCCGUUAGUAGGGACUAUGUAUGGUAUGAUAACGUACCACACAAACAUUUAACGGUGGAGAAAGCGGUUCAGAAUUGGAUCCGGUUCGAAGGUGACCGGUUCAAGUUCCCUGGAGGUGGGACCAUGUUUCCUAAUGGUGCUGGUGCUUAUAUUGAUGAAAUUGGGAGAUUAAUUAAUCUUAAUGAUGGGUCUAUUAGGACUGCCAUUGACACUGGUUGUGGGGUUGCAAGUUGGGGAGCAUACUUGCUAUCUCGGAACAUACUGGCAAUGUCAUUUGCACCAAAAGACACCCAUGAAGCUCAGGUUCAAUUCGCAUUAGAACGUGGGGUCCCUGCUUUGAUUGGUGUUAUGGCUUCUAAGAGACUCCCUUAUCCUUCAAGGGCGUUUGACAUGGCUCAUUGCUCUCGUUGCCUUAUUCCUUGGGACCAAUAUGAUGGAGUGUACUUGAUGGAGGUUGAUAGAGUGCUCCGACCCGGCGGAUAUUGGAUCUUAUCCGGCCCUCCUAUCAAUUGGAAGAAGUAUUGGAAGGGAUGGCAGAGAAGCAGGGAAGACCUAAAUGGAGAACAAACUAGAAUAGAGAAUGUAGCCAAAAACCUUUGUUGGAAGAAAGUGAUACAGAAAGGAGAUAUUGCUAUUUGGCAGAAGCCAAUCAAUCACAUGCAUUGCAAACGUAACCAAAAAGUUCAUACAAACCAGCCCUUUUGCCCAACUCCAAACCCUGAUCAAGCCUGGUACACAAACUUGGAGACAUGUCACACUCCUUUACCAGAAGUCUCGGAGGAAAAAGAAGUUGCAGGAGGACACUUAGCAAAAUGGCCAAAAAGGUUGACUGAAAUCCCACCUAGAAUAAGAAGUGGAACAACAGGAGUAACUCCAAAAAUAUUUCAAGAAGACAUGAAAUUAUGGAAGAGAAGAGUAUCAUACUAUAAAACAGUAAAUAACCAGUUAGGGCAGCUAGGAAGGUACCGGAACCUUCUAGACAUGAACGCCAAAUUGGGUGGUUUCGCGGCGGGUUUGGUGGAUGAUCCGGUUUGGGUGAUGAAUGUGGUUCCUGUGGAAGCUAAGGUUAAUACUCUUGGAGUGAUCUAUGAAAGGGGGUUGAUUGGAACUUACCAAAGUUGGUGUGAAGCAAUGUCUACUUAUCCAAGGACUUAUGAUUUUAUUCAUGCAGAUUCGAUUUUCACACUCUACAAGGAUAGAUGUGAGAUGGAGGAUAUUUUAUUGGAGAUGGACAGGAUAUUAAGGCCGGAAGGAAGUAUAAUUUUCAGAGAUGACGUGGAUAUAUUGGUGAAAAUAAAGAAGAUAACAGAUGCAUUACAAUGGGAUAGUCAAAUAGUUGACCAUGAGGAUGGGCCCCUUCAAAGAGAGAAGCUUCUCUUUGCCGUCAAAUCUUAUUGGACGGCCCCUAACACUAGUGAUCAACAAGACUCUAAUACUGCUGCAUAGAUUUCUUUCUCUCCAGAAAUUUGUUAGUUAUUACUAUAUUAUACUUGAUGGGUUAAUUGGUAAUAAGUAAUAACUAAUGUUUAUCCUGGAAGAAAAAGGGGGGGAAAGAGAGACAAAAAAGGAAAGCAACAGUACAAAAUAGUUGGCUUAGUACAUUUUUUUCUUCUUAUUUUUCCUUGGAUGUCUUUUUUCUAUUAUCCUGCAUGAUAAUCUCUAUUCUCUAGAAUUCAAUGUAUGUACUAAAUUUUUAGUCAAUUAUCUUGCUUAUCAACUAAUUUUAUUGUUUUCGAUUGCU